AUGUGGGGGCUCCUGCUGCUCGGAGCCCUGGCGCUGGGGCUCAACCCCACUGGCAGCACCCGCACCCCCAGCAUCUACGACGAGACCCCCGAGGAAGGGAGUGCAGGCGGGACUGAUGACGCUGACUGCUCUCCUUCCCUCCUGACAGGCCCGGCGCUGGGGGGCUUUCCAGGCCACCUCUGUGUCAACAACAGCUACACCCUGCUACUUCCUAACAGCUCACAGACACUGUUGCUGGGCUGGGUGCCCACACGCCUGGUGCCCACGCUCUAUGCACUGGCUUUGGUGGUUGGACUGCCAGCCAAUGGGUUGGCGCUGUGGGUGCUGGCCACGCGGGUGCCUCGCCUGCCCUCCACACUGCUGCUUAUGAACCUGGCGGCCGCUGACCUACUGCUGGGCCUGGCACUGCCGCCGCGCAUCGUCUACCACCUGCGCGGUCAGCGCUGGCCCUUCGGCGAGGUCGCCUGCCGCCUGGACACGGCCGCACUCUACGGUCAUAUGUACGGCUCUCUGCUGCUACUAGCGGCUGUCGCCCUGGACCGCUACCUGGCCGUGGUGCACCCGCUGCGCGCGCGAGCCCUGCGCGGCCAGGGACUAGCCACCGGGCUCUGUGUCGCCGCCUGGCUGGCGGCUGCCGCGCUGGCGCUGCCCCUUGCGCUGCAGCGACAGACCUUCUGGCUGGCGGGUGCCAGCGCCGACCGCCUGUUGUGUCAUGACGCGCUACCGCUAGGCGAGCAGGUCUCCCACUGGCGGCCCGCCUUCGCCUGCCUGGCGCUGCUUGGCUGCUUCGCGCCGCUGCUAGCCCUGACGCUGUGCUACGGAGCCAUGCUGCGCGCCCUGGCCACCAGCGGCCGGCGCUACAGCCACGCGCUGCGCCUGGCGGCCCUAGUGCUGGCCUCGGCCUUGGCCUUCUUUGUACCCAGCAAUGUGCUGCUGCUACUGCACUACUCGGAUCCCGGGCCGAACGCUUGGGGCGAUCUCUACGCCGUCUACCUGCCCAGCCUGGCGCUCAGCACCCUCAACAGCUGCGUGGACCCCUUCGUCUACUAUUACGUGUCGGCCGAAUUCCGGGAAAAGGUGCGCCAGGCGCUCUGCCGACUGGCGCCUGGAAAUGCUAGAGGGGUUUCCAAGGCCUCUGGGGAAGAGGGCGGCGGCAUGGGAAACGGUACACGCUCUACUUCGCUGGUGUGA